AACGACAGCAAGUCAUCUACCAGACCGUCAACCAACCCCAACAGGUCACCGUCACCAGGACAGUAACUGGCACUUGCGGACAAACAGGAUACAACUACAACAGACCCUCUACUCCCUUCAAUUACGGAAAAUAAUUUUCAGAGAUGAUGUGGACACCAUUGGUGCUGCUGCUGGUGGUCUUCACCCGGGGACUUGCUGGAGAAAGGUUUGGCGGUGGAAAUGGCCUGCAAGCAUCCUUUGGUGGUGGAUAUUUGCCGCCCCAAACCUCAUACUGCCAGCCCUCCACUGUAUACCGCACACAAACUCAAUAUUCCACUCAAGUGAUUCCUUCAACGGUCUACAACACCAGAGUGCAGUACAUCACCCAAACGGACUACAGGACGCAGCAGGUGUACACUACUGUCUAUUCUGAGGUCGUUCGCACACAAGUUGUUCCAUCAGUCGUGUACCAGACAGUGACGGUGACCCGCACGCAAGAGAAUGUGCGCACCCAGGUAGUUACGCUCCCUCCUCAGGUCAACUACGUCACACGCACACAAGAAGCUAUCCGCACCCAAGUCCAGUACCAGACCAGGUAUUCCACCCGCAUCCAGCAAGUACCCACCACCGUCAUUAGGAACGUGGUGUCCACCCAGGUGGUGCCCCAGCAGGUUUACAGCACCAUCUACCAGACCCAGACAAUCACCAGCACACAACAGCUUCCAGGACAGACCCGCACAAUAUACAGUACUGAAUACAGAACUGCUUACUCUACAGUCGUCGUUCCAGCACAGGAUGUUUACAGAACCACCACCGUGUACAGGACCAACGUUGUCACCCAAACCAUCUCUCAGCCAGGACAGACAAGAGUCAUCACCAGCACUCAAGUGGUGCCUGUCACCACCACCAUUUACUCUGAGGUGGUGCUCACCAACACACAGACCCAGUACGUCACCCGUACACAGGUGGAGCAGCAGGUGUCCACCGUCUACAGCACACAGCAGGUGCCUCAAUACGUCACCAGGACGGUGACGGUGCCCCAACAGGUGGUGAGGACUCAAGUAUCGACACAGAUCGUGCCAACAACCAUUUACUCUCAGCAAACGAUCCAAACAACUGUAUACCAGCCAGGUCAGACCCAAUACGUGACGAACACACGCACAGACUACAGUACUCAGUACCUUCCAGGCAGGACCCGCACCCAGUACGUCACUAACACCGUCUAUAACACCAACUACGUUACCUCCACAGUCUACAACAAAGUGUACAACACCAUCACCGCCACCUCCACCGUCAAACCUAACUGCAAUACUGGCUACAACUACAACGCUCCAAGCAGGCCAUUCAAUCCUUAUAACGGUUAAGUAGUUGACAAAAAUAUUACUUUUAAUCAGGGAUCGUAGAGACCCACGGAAGUGUUCCAGCCAUUUGCACGUGUGUGAAUAACUGUCUAUUAUAAUUUUACAUUUAUAAGAUGUGCAUCAAAGCUGGUUUUUACAAACGACUUUAUUUCUGAAACUAAUUGCCAUGAAAUUAAAAUAUGUGUUACAGUUA